AUGGUCCUCGCCGGGCUCCGCUCCAGCCCGCGCAGGCCCGGAUCAGGAAAGAGGCUCGGCUCGGGGCAGUCCAGAGUUCCUAUUGGAGGAAACCUGGAGAGGGGCGGGGCGAGGGGCGGGGUAAGGCGAGCCUCCGGCGAGGGCGCCCCCUUGCGGAAACUCGAGGCUAUUUUUGUCGUGGGAGAGGGCAGAUGGCAGCAUGGAGAGCAGAAGUCCUUCCACCCACUUAAUGGCUAUGGGCCAAGGAUUGUGGGAGAAUGGAGUGACCUGGAUCAUCUGGCUAAUGAGAACUUCGAGUCUGAGGCCCCAAAGGAGCCUCGCGCUCGCUCGUCCGCACCAACGCGGCUUCGGCCAGAGUCAGUUCCUGGUGGACCCAUGUGGAGAUGGGACCCCCAGAUCCAUCCCAUCCUGGGAGUCACAGAAGCCUUUAAGAGAGACACCAACAGCAAGAAGAUGAAUCUGGGCGUGGGUGCCUACCGGGAUGAUAAUGGAAAACCUUACGUGCUUCCUAGUGUCCAAAAGGCAGAGGCCCAGAUUGCUGCAAAAAAUUUGGACAAAGAAUACCUGCCCAUCGGAGGUCUGGCCGACUUCUGUAAAUCGUCUGCGGAACUAGCCCUGGGCGAGAACAAUGAAGUGUUGAAAAGUGGCCGGUAUGUCACCGUGCAGACCAUUUCUGGAACUGGGGCCUUACUCGGAGCCAGCUUUCUGCAAAGGUUUUUUAAGUUCAGCCGAGAUGUCUACCUGCCCAAACCAUCGUGGGGGAACCACACCCCAAUCUUCAGGGACGCUGGCAUGCAGCUCCACGGUUACCGCUACUAUGAGCCCAAGACAUGCGGCUUUGACUUCACAGGUGCUCUCGAGGACAUUUCAAAAAUGCCACAGCAGAGUGUCCUCCUCUUGCAUGCCUGUGCCCACAACCCCACGGGCGUGGACCCUCGUCCUGAGCAGUGGAAGGAGAUUGCAACAGUGGUAAAGAAAAAUAACCUCUUUGCCUUCUUCGACAUGGCCUACCAAGGCUUUGCCAGUGGUGAUGGUAACAAGGAUGCUUGGGCCGUGCGCCACUUCAUUGAGCAGGGCAUCAACGCUUGUCUCUACCAGUCCUAUGCCAAGAACAUGGGCGUAUAUGGGGAGCGUGUGGGGGCCUUUACUGUGGUCUGCAAAGAUGCUGAUGAAGCCAAAAGGGUGGAGUCACAGUUGAAGAUCUUGAUUCGUCCCAUGUACUCUAACCCCCCUGUCAACGGCCGGAUCGCUGCCACCAUCCUGACCACUCCUGACCUGCGCAAGCAAUGGUUGCAAGAAGUGAAGGGCAUGGCUGACCGUAUCAUUAGCAUGCGGACUCAGCUGGUCUCCAACCUCAAGAAGGAGGGCUCCUCCCACAAUUGGCAGCACAUCACUGAUCAGAUUGGCAUGUUCUGCUUCACAGGGCUAAAGCCUGAGCAGGUGGAACGGCUGACCAAGGAGUUCUCCAUCUACAUGACGAAGGAUGGCCGCAUAUCCGUUGCAGGGGUCACCUCCGGAAACGUGGGCUACCUUGCCCAUGCCAUUCACCAGGUCACCAAGUAACGUCUUUGCUCGCAGGGGAGCGAGCCCAGCCUCUGCCACCCGGAGAGUCCCACAGAGAAGAGGGAUUGGUGGGGAGUGGCUCGGCUCCUUCCUCUCGGCCAGAACUCGGCACUCAGCGCUUGAAUGGGGUUCUCCGAAAAGAACUUGUAGUGGAAUAGGGCAGCGACAGCUCCUGGCUGGGUCUGGAACUUUGUGGCACUAAACCAAACUCCUUCCUCAUACUUUUAUCUCUAGCUUUCCCGAAAGAGUUUACAUGUACGAGAAAGUCAUAUUCCCCACC